AUGGGAACUCAGUUUCUCUCUUCUGUCAGCAUCUGCUUUUCAGAUGAUUCAAUUCACCAAGCGAUCCAUGACAAGAAGAGACCAAAGAAAUCGGAAAUUCAAGCGUCCUUUGGGUUUGCUGUUCCUACUGGUAAGCCCUAUUCGGUCUAUGGUCGGGGUCGCAAGGAAUCAGUGACAGCAGAGACCAUUUCUGCUGAUGCUAUCCGUUUUAAUGCACCUCAGAUGCUCGCUAUAGACAAGUUGCGGCUCUUGAACUCGUCUCGCGUCAGAGCAGUCCUUGGAGUAUUUUUUUACUCCGAAUUCUCCUCCGGUUAUUGGUUUUGGCGCUAG